UAUAUUCAAAUACUACUUAAACGCUGCUACAUAGUCAUCAGUAAAUUACACCGUUUUAAAGUAAAGUUGUUGUAGUAAUUUAAAGUCGAAGCAACUUUAUUUUCAAAUUAACUUGCAAUAAUGAGACGCUAUUAAAAACCCACGCAGUUAUCAAUGCACGCAGUUAUCUGUCAAAUUUGCUAUUGUAAUUUUCAUUUGAAAAAGUUAAAAAAAAAAAAGAAAGCUGUUUUUAUUGGGGGAAAAGUCUUAUGGGAUUUAUGAGAUCAACCUAAUGUCAAACACGUUUACGUUCAAGCUAUAACAAAACAAUUGCAAAUAAAAAUAAAGUGGCCAACCUCGAAUUAUAAAAGAAAAUCAAGACAAAUCUUAUGGAUAUUGGUGUUGAAGUACUUGUGCCGUUGACGGUAUUGCUAACAAUACUUAUCCUGCUAGUUAUCGGCGUUGUUUGUCGCUUUUAUAUUUGGCACAAAAUAUUUCAUAAAAAACCUAAAUACCAAUACGUAAAUCCAAGUACGACGAAAGCUCCAGGUUACCCAAAACUUCCUUCGUUUAAAGCAGGUGUACAAACCGUACAAGCCGUACAGAUAUUAAAUAAGCAACAAUACACAAAAUAUUAUGAUAUAAAUGGAAAUCGCAAAGAUAAAACACCAUUGCCACUUGAUUCAAAAGGGAAGAGCAACGGUUAUGAAAAGGUUUUUCAAGGCGGUUCCCAAGAAUCGGUAUUUCUUGAAAGCGACGAGCUAUCUUCAAAUCAAAGCGAAGAUUCUAUGAUUUUAAAUAGCGAUCCAAAUUGGCCUGGUUGUGCAACGCAAUUAUUGCAACGUAAGCAACUGGAUAACGGAGACAUAAAUUAUUACGAAAGCAAGUUAUUAUCAUCAAAACAUAAGUUUAAAUCAGAACCUAUCAUUUAUAAUAAUGUUUAUGAAAAUAAAACAGACGAUCCGAAACAUCGCCAAAUAAAUCAAACCGGACAAAAAAAUAUAAUUGUUUCUAAUCCUGAAAAAAAACUUCGUCGGUCCUCCGACACUAGAAGUGGGCAAAGACGCUGUUCUGCGCAAACUCUUAUGAACAUAUGUGAUGGAGAAAUAGACUUUAUUAUAUUUUAUCAAGCAGAAAAACGAUUACUAAAUGUUACUGUUAAGUCACUAAAACACGUAAAUUUAAAUGCAUAUAAUUUUAUAGGAGUAUUAAAUAAAUAUAACCGCAAUGAUAAAAAUAGACCUGAAGGUAAACCGCAUCUUAUACAAAAUAACGAUGGAAAAAUUGUUUUAAACGAUUCUGAAAACUUAUCUUAUAUGGUGUAUGUAACUUUGUCACCAAACAAUUUUUAUAAAAAUCAUACAAAUUUGGCAUUUGGCAAAAAUGAGGUACUUUUUAAUGAAACUUUUGCAAUAUCAGCUGUUUCAGCUGAACAUAUCGGAUCCUAUGAUAUUGUUUUUCACGCCCUUUGUUCAUUAGCAAAUGGAGAGCCUAUGGUGUUUGGAGAAGGAUAUGCAACAUUAAAAGAUUUUAAGUGGUUUCAAAACACAUUACAAUCAGUUAAACUUAUACCGCCAAAAGAAGAAUUUGAACUCCUUCAGAACCCAACUGAUGUUCAAACCGAUCUUGGCUUCUUAAGUCUUGUUCUUAACUAUAAUCUAAUUGCUCACAAACUUAUUGUUAAAAUUCUUCAAGCCACAGGCCUACCAAAGAUAGGUGUAACAGGACAUCCAAAUACUUCGGUAAAAACCAGCUUUUAUAUUGGAAAACAACGUCAUAGUAAACAUAACACAUCUAUACUAAAAAGACAACGAGAACCAACAUUUAAUUCUACAAUAGAAUUCGGUUUAAGUAAAGAAAAACUACUCGAGACCGAUAUAAUAUUUGAAAUCCGACACCAUGGUCCUAUGUAUAGAAAAAAUAUUGGUUACGUAACCGUUGGAAGUUCUGCUCAAGCAGAAGGUGCCGUACAUUGGCAAAAUAUGCUUGAGUUUCAAUGUUUUGAAAAAAUGCAUAAAAUAUUACCUUAUAAACCAGAUGGUUUUACACCAUAACAAUAGAAAGUUUUUGUCUUCUUUAUUUCUUAUGAUAGUUAGCUUAUAAUAAUAUACAUUUGAUAAUCAAAUGGGUAAUCAAGACUAACCUAAAUAAA